AUGUUUUCUUUCUUUUCCGUCUUUUCUUAUCUACAAUGGUUGACUUUGGCUUUCAGCUUUGUUUUGAAACCAGUCGCUUUGGACAAUCCUCAAAGUUCCAUUACCAAUGAAGUAGAAACUCCAUCUUCUGGGUGGAGAAUCACCAAUACCAAGGGAAAGCCACUGACAGGCAGGUUUCUUCAUAUUACUGAUAUGCACCCAGAUGAAUUUUAUCGAGAUGGUGCUACUGUCGAUCACUAUUGCCAUGACUAUAAACAUGCAAGUGCCAAUUCCAAAUCGUCUAAAGCUGGUUUCUUGUCGCCGGGACCAGGAUUUGAGUGCGAUUCCUCGCCAUCUCUAAUCAAUAAAACAUUGGAUUGGUUCUCUAAGCAUAUUGAAAAUGAUUAUGGUGGCAUAGAUUUCAUCAUUUGGACAGGCGAUAAUUCUCGGCAUGACAACGACAAUCAUUUUCCGCGAACAAAAAGCGAAAUCAUUACUUCCAAUGAAAAGAUCGUUGAUAAAAUGAUCGAAACGUUUCCAGACGUUCCAAUUGUUGCUGCUAUUGGAAACAAUGAUGUGUAUCCUCAUAAUAUCAUGGAAGGAGGCUCUUCCUCAAUGACUCAAGCUCUUGCUGGUGCAUGGGAUGCUUUAAUUCCGACGCAAGAAAAGCACGUUUUUGAAAAAGGAGGGUACUAUAUGGUUGAGGUAAUCCCUCACAGACUUGCUGUUAUCGCCUUUAAUUCUCUGUACUUUUCGACAAAAAACGCAGCCGUCGAUGGUUGUCCUAAAAAGGAUCCUGAUGACCCAGGAUCUUUCCACAUUCGAUGGCUUCGAAUUCAAUUUUUACUUCUCAGGCAGAGGAAAAUGAAUGCUUGGCUAGCUAGCCAUGUUCCACCUACACGUGACCAGUGGUAUAUCGAUUGUUAUGAUGCCUUCGCUGACCUACUGUAUGAAUUUCGAGACGUCAUAGUUGGUCAAUUGUAUGGACAUAUGAAUAUCAAUCACUUCGUCUUCCUUGAAUUCAACAAGCCACCAGUAGAUACUUCGACUUUACAAUCUCGAGAUUUAGAAGUUGCAACAGCACAGCCUAAAUACGUCAAAACUUUGAUUGAAAAUCAGUAUGGUGAGCUUCCAUUUGUUCCUGAUAAACCAUCUUCAAAAUUCAUGGACGAAACUGUCGGAAAGUUUUCCCUUGCUAGCGUUGGUGGAUCUAUAGUUCCUGAGAUGUUUCCAAACUUUCGUAUUUACACGUACAAUACUUCGGGUUUGAACCCUCGACCAUCAGAUUUGGAUGGAAACGUGGUUGUCUCUGACUCUUUUCCAAAAAACUAUACUUCUCUUGUUGAUGAAUUAUUCGAAGACAAAACUACGGAAGAUAACGAAGAUUUGUUUAUAUCAAAUUAUGAAUCAAUGAAGAAAAAUUCUAAAAGGAAGAAGAAAAAGAAAAAGAACCACAGAAAGAAAAAAAUCCAACCUGGAGCUUUAGGACCAGCUUAUGUUCCUAUGACUUUCACACCAUUAUCGUUUCAGCAAAUAUUUUUGAAUACGUCUGAUUAUAUGGACGCCACGAGUGAAACAGAAGUUGACUACAAGCUGCUAUACGACAGUAGAGAUCAACCGUACAACAUGCCUUCACUAACUGUUCCUGAUUACAUGCGCUUAGCAAGACGAAUUGCCGGCGUUUGUGAAUCAAAGAAAAAAAAGAAAAAAAGGCGUUAUAGAGAAAUUACUUACACUUAUCUAUGGCACGCUUAUAUCGGGGCGCUCCCUAGGUUGGGUGAUCCCGAUGAUUUUUAA